AUGCAAACCACUGCCUUUUUUCCCCCCACGAAUUCACUCUGCAGUAUUAUCCAAGUAAAUUGCCUAUCCGAAAACCACAGCAAUAUUUUGUACAAAUGUUUGUCAAGCGAUGAGUCUUUGAAGCAAAAUGAAAUGUACAAACAUGUGAACAUAUCUGGAAGCCUCAUAAAAAUAAUAACCACAUGGAAAAUUCCUUCCACAUGUCCCUUUUACCGAAACUCCUGUUUCAUUUUACGCGUUGUUUGA